UGCUGCGCCUCUGAUGUCUGGUUCCGGGUUCCUUCACUGUGGUUUCUGCUCCAAAUUGGUCUUAGGAGUUUUCUCGGGCUCCAUUCCCCAUUUGGGAGACGUUGUUGUACCAGUCGCUAACUGCGGAGUGCGGGAAUACAAUUCAAACCCCAAGGAGAGCAUGCCCUUCCGUGACUAUAUCAGUUACUGGAAGGAGUACAUCCAAGGAGGCUACUCCUCACCGCGGGGCUGCCUCUACCUCAAGGACUGGCACCUGUGCAGAGACUCCUUGGUGGAUGACUUGGAAGAUAUAUUCACCCUGCCUGUGUACUUCUCAUCAGACUGGCUGAACGAGUUCUGGGACGUCCUCAAUGUGGAUGACUACCGCUUUGUCUAUGCGGGGCCCAGGGGCACCUGGUCUCCCUUCCAUGCGGACAUCUUCCGCUCCUUCAGCUGGUCAGUGAACAUCUGUGGGAGGAAGAAAUGGUUGUUCUUCCCGCCAGGGCAGGAGGAGGCCCUUCGGGACUGCCAUGGUAACCUGCCCUAUGAUGUGACUUCCGCUGAGCUCCUGGACACUCGCCUGUAUCCCAGGAUCCAGCACAGCAGCCUACCCCUUGAAGUCAUACAGGAGGCUGGUGAGAUGAUAUUUGUGCCCAGCGGGUGGCACCAUCAAGUAUACAAUCUGGAUGACACCAUCUCUAUCAACCACAACUGGGUCAAUGGCUGCAACCUGGCAAACAUGUGGCACUUUCUGCAACAAGAACUCCAGGCAGUACAGCACGAGGUCAGAGAAUGGAAGAACUCCAUGCCUGACUGGCACCACCACUGCCAGGUCAUCAUGAAGUCCUGCACGGGGAUCAAUUUUGAAGAAUUUUACCAUUUCCUCAAGGUCAUCGCUGAGAAGAGACUUCUUGUCCUGAAGCAAGGACUGAAGGGGGAUACAGGGGACAAGCCAGGCCUAGGACUGAACCUGCAGCAGGCUGCAUUUGAUGUUGGCCGCCUUGCAGAUGUGCUGGCCUCUGUGGUUGCACAUAUCGACUUUCAGAGAGUGGACACCAGUGCAUUCUCACCACAGCCAGAGGAGCUGCUUCAGCAGCUGGAAGACACCAUGGCCGCUGCUGAGGCCCUUUAGUAGCCUAUAGGACUUGAUGUAGGGAGAAUUCUGAAGGGUAGCCUCUUGCCCCAGGGUCCUUCUGAAGUACAGGCUACCCUUCCUUAGGUCUAGGAUGUGCCCCAAGGCUGUGCACAUGCAGUUUUUGCAGAGUGGGCAGACAAAGUCUUGCCCAUCUGGUGCUGUUUCCUGGCAUCUAGGCCCUGGAUCUCGAGGGGGGUCCAGCCAAAAUGGGAGUUUAACCCAUGGGGACUAGAGGGAUGUUCACCCAUUUGGCCUAUAGCAAGCCUGCCAAGAACUUAAAUUGAGUAGUGAUCAUGAAACCAGGUUACUUUGAUGACUUCCAGCCUCUCCUAGUGAUCCUAGGACUCCUGAGUGGUGGAUAUCCAGUCUGCUUCCUUAGAAGUGUCAUUGUGUGACCUGGGAUGUAUAUGUGCAGUUGCCUCCGAGCCUUUGCAUCCUCUAGUUCUGUCCUGGGAGCUCCAGCAGCUAGGCUAGAAAGAAUUAACCAGGGUAUGGCAAGUUCCAGAGGACUUCUUAAGCUGUGUGUUGUUCCCCUAUGGCUGGAGCACAGUGCUAGGUGGCUGAAAAACCCAAGUGCUGAUCUAGCCAAGUCCCCAGGAUGGAGAUGAUAGUACAGGACUAGGGGGAAGUAGUGUUCUUUCCCCACAGCACUCCUUCAAAGCCUGGGCUCCUAUACUAGCCCAUCUGCUGCCCUAGAAGGCAUAGGGCCAAAUCCAAAGCAGCAGAAGUACAGGAAUUCCUGUAGAGGAGACAGAUACACCCAGUCUCAGGUUGAUGCUGGAUAAGGCAGUACUCUCUGUUGCCUGUACUCAUUGCCUAUGCAUGUUCUCUGAGAUGGAGACAAGCCAUUGCUUAAUGGCCUGCAUGGCGCCGCAUAAUAUCCUAUACUUCUGGCGUCUUCAUGCCACCAUGUUCACUGUGCUGUUUCUAGGAGUAGGGAUUAUGGCUGAGGGCAGUGGUGCACAGCCUGUGUGAGAGCCAGCUGCUUACUCUGGGCCCCAGCAUGGACCAGGAUGAGGCAUAGCUAUACAUACAGUGCUGGACAUUUUUGGAGACAGAAGCUUUGCCUAAACCUGAAGCCUUCAUGGUCUGAGGUGGGGCCUCAUGGAUAAAAGGAAAUUAUAAGCAGAAUUGGCCACAGCCUUUGUAGAGGUCUUAUGCAGGGCCUGGUGCCAGGGACACACCCUGUCAUCCCUAGGAAAACCCUCUGGGUAAGGCCUCCUGGGGAUGUUUUUGGAGGAGCCCCUUGGGGCUUAGAGCACUGACUCUUCAAGGCACAGCUGGUGGUGCCCUGAAGAGUGGCAUUAAUGCCAAUUUACCCUGUGAGCUGCAUGUCCUACACAGACUAGGACAGUGUAAGCACUUGGGCAGGGGCAGUGCCCCUGUAUCUCUGCCCUGCCUGCCACAAGGAGCAGGUCUCCUUUAGGUUGGGACUACUGGGGAGCUGCUGAAGCUCAGUGGCUAGGACACUAUCUCUUGGUGUUAGAUGUAGAAUCAGUGGCAAGAAAAUUAUUUUUUAAUGACUUCAAGCUCUUUGCCAGCUAAAUAAUACAUCCUGUUUCAGAGCCUUUACCAGCAACAUUGUCCCAGGGAGUCCUCAAAUAUGACCAGGCAGAUAAGCUUGCCUGGGCUCUGCCUUUGAGCUCCUGGCCAGGGGUGUAAUAUGUGGGUCUCUGGUUCCUUUCCUGUGUAGAGAUACAUCACACAAGUGGUCCAACAACUUACUAGGGGCAGUUUACCUCCCUUACUACAGAUUGGCAAAAUUAAGUUAAUACCCUGGGCCUUGUGUGACAGACACUAGCUACUGUGUACUCCCAUGACUAGAAUGAUAGUAAAUCCCCAGUCAGAUUAACAAGCUGGGGGGAGAGGGGGGCGUGUUACACAGCUCAGCAGGUAAAGGUGCUUGCUAUGCAAGUCUGUUGACCUGAGCUUGAACCCUGGAAUCCAUGUGAAAGUGGAAGGAGGUGUGUUGGGGGAGCCCCUUCAGCUACCUCACAGAUAUAUAAUCUUAUUUUGCCUUUGCAACUUCAUGUUGCCCAACCACCAUGGGUAUAACCUUAGUUUGCUGACAUGUGUUCUCAUUGUAACACUGCUAUUUACAAGAAGUAAAGUCUUUUGGAAGAUUAUUUGGAUUGACAGUUAAAUAUCCUCUACCUAGUUAUCCCAGCACUUGUAAAGCAUUAAUAAAAGGAAAACACCCUAAUCCCACAUCUCUGCAAUGUGAUGUUCCUGGGUCCAGCCCCAACUAUUGACCAAGGUGUUCAAUCUUUGUUUACAGAAAUGGAGACAAGCCCCCACUACCCAGGUCAGAAUCUAAGGGUGAUAAGUGGGUUUCACAGCUGUUCUAAACAGCUGAGAUGUAAUAAGAAAAAUGGGCAAAAUGCAAAUAAGAACACUAAUGAUUUAAUAUGAAGGAGAGCUGUAAUCCUCUCUCCACCAGUCUGGCUUCCAUUCCCCAUUGUCAACAUCCCACUGUGAUCCACAAAUACUAAUUAAAUGAAAACAUUUGACCACAUUCAUGCAACUUAUAUUGUUACAGUUCUAUUAUGACUCAUUUCUUACUGUGCUUUAAAAAUUGGGAUAGGAGCUGGGUGGUGGUGGCACGUGCCUAUAAUCUCAGCACUUGAGACAGAGGCAGGCAGAUCUCUGAGUUCAAAGCCAGCCUGAACUACAGAGAAACUUCCAGGAUAACCAAGGCUGUUACAGAGAGAAACCUUAUCUUGGAAAAAGGGAAGUUUUAAUUCUAAAUUGAGUUUAUAUUGAUUUCUUCCACUCCUAUCUGAAAUGAACAUCUAAGAAUUAACUCCUAAAUUCAUUUGAGACUAAAGGAAGAAGAAUCGGAUGGAGUGGUCUCUAAAUAAAAGCUUAAACCUUAAUUUCACUUGAAAAGUUAAGAGCUUACCCAUGACUAAACUAGCCUAUGAACAGAUUACCUUAACCUGUUCCAUUUUGUCAUAAAUAUAAUUAAGGUUUGUAUGCCAAAGUAUAUUUCUACAUUGCUCUGUGUUCUGGUUUUUGUCAACUUGACACAAACCUAUACAUAUCUGAGAAUAAAGAAUCAUAAUUAAAAUGCCUCCGUAA